AUUUAUUGCCCCUCUUUUGGAAUAAAUAAGUUCUAAUUCUAUACUUUUGUUUGCAAAUUUGCUUUUAUUAUGGUUACAUAAUCACAAGACUGGGUUUGAUGAAGUAAAUGUUGCACCAUUGAUACGAAUAAUUCUAUGAGAAAAGAAAUGCAAAAUCACAAUUGAAGCAAUGAAAAAUUUGUAUGAAUGGAUAGGUUAAAGACCUCUUCAGUAAAUGACAGCAUUGCAGGCGGCUGGCCUCAAUAAUUAUAUUUAACAAGUUACAUGAAGGAAUUCAAUGUGUAAUUCAGAAAUAUUUAUGCUUAAAGCGGGGAGGGUUCCAACGGAAAUCUUGGCGCGUGGGCCCGAAGCAAUGAAAGCUUUUAAUGAUGCUCUAGCUGAGGGAGAAGCAGAGGUUAAUCAAGGAAGGACAGUUUUCAUGGGCCUCGAGAGAGUCGGCAAGACUUCUACUAUCAAGUCAUUUUUAAGGAAUACUUUUGAUCCACAUGAGGGUAUUACAGACGCAAUUGCCAACACAACGGUGUGUACCCAUGAGUCGCACAAUGAAUUGAAUUGGAAGAAAACAUCACCUGAUCAUUCUGGCGCCAAUGGCAUGUAUGAAGCAAAAAUGGCAGAUUCCAUAGCGAAAAAAAUAUUAGAAAGAGAAACUGAGAAGAAUGUAGAAGUAACAAGACAAGUAAGAUUUACACACUAUCAUUUUGUUGAUAUUCACUAGCAUUUAAGUUGGUUAAUAUUGAAAUAUUUAAUGCUACUAAUAUUAACAAAUAAUGGAUAUAAUCCAGCUAAAGUAUAUAAUGGUUAAUUUAUUAUUUCUUUUUGUUUUACAAAUAUUUGAAGAGCAUGUCACCACCAGCUAAAAAAAAGAGGAAAUAUAAUCAGGGUAAGACGUUCGUGUUUGCAUUUCAUAAGAAAUUGAUUUAAUGAAUACAUUAUUUUUAAUCGGUAUUUCACACAGAGGGCCAUCACAUGUCAUAGCCUUGGUGCCGACGCACCUCUAUUAACAACAUAAUACGUAUGGUUGCUCAUGGAACAAGUAUUAAAGGUACAUUGCCAAAAGAAUACCACCUGG